AUAUGUUACAUAGAUCAACGCCCCCGCUACCACUACAGCCCCCCCGGCUCUGCCAAUCCACACCCCUCCGCUUUUCCCCACUCAUAGCCUACGACCCGACAUUCCACCCUGCUUCGUGCCACAUCCUGCACGCUCGACCCACACACUGUCGUACAUGUCGUCCGGCACUCAGAACUUCCCCCGCCGCAGGUCGCACUCCGCUUCGUCUCCUGUUCGUGCCCUCCAUUCGGCAGAUGAUACAAAGUGGCGGCUUGCUACCAAGCGACCGCGUCCGAGCUAUCCGCAGAGCCCGUCGUACAGAGACCUCCCCGGUUUCGGUGAGCCGCCGGAGAAAUGGGAUGUUGACCAAUGGAGAAGAGGCAAGAGAGCCCGUAGGGACACAGCCGUGAGUUCGCCUCACUCAGCUUGUGUCUGCCAGCCCGAACGGACCAAGGCCUUCCCGCCCGCUCUGAAGGGUUUUCCCUGCACGUCGGCCGCCUUCGGCUUGUUCCCCCAGCGCAACGACUGCAAGUCAAGCCGCACGUCGCACAUUACAUUCUCGAGAUCAGAGGCUACGUGCCUCCGUGAAGAGGAUAUGGUUCCCGAGGAAGACCUCAGCAGGCUGCGUUCAGACGCGUUUGGUGAGCUGCAGCGCAGCGUGGCGGAAAGCGGCGAGGGCCUGGUUCAGCGCAUGCGCGACUGGGAAAACUCCCGCUCACGUUCGUCGGCAAGUCCGCCUCGCACUCGCGGUGAUAGGGAACGCUACCGCCGCCGGCGAUCGGUGCAAAGUGCAUGGCAGACAGAUAUGGAUGCAAAUACGUUCCCACACGGUGACGAUGAGGACGAGGUCGAGAUCGUCUCAGGUGACGUCUCAUUAGGAUCGGCGCCAUGCCAUAUCCAGAACCUUUCUCACAAGAAGCGUGCCAUGUCCCUGGGCAUGAUGGACAUUGACUUGCCCGAGAUUGAGGUCCACUCGUCGCCGUUCACAAGCGGAGAGAGUAGCGAACGCUGCUCCUCUCCCACCAAUGCGUCCGCGGGUUUCUCGACGUACUCGUCCGAUGACGAGGAAUUGUCGCCUGUGGACUCGGAGGACAUCUUACCGCAUUCUGGCACAUCAUCUACUCCGGCGCUUACCCACACCUACACGAAUUCGACCAACUCUUCCCUCAUCUCGCUUCCACUGUCUCACACAUUAUCCUCUCCCGGCGAGUCGCCGUUCAACUCCUCUGCGCCCUUCAUAUUUAGAAACAACGGAGCUCAAUUGCGAUCCAAGGCGCUCCACGUUCCGUCCUCCGCUUCUCGCUCAGAGAAGGCACUUGCCGCGCUCACUCUCGCUAUGGCAAAUGGUGCAGGAGGCCUGAACGACUACGCUGCACUUCUCCGUCAAGAUGAGUCAGUCGCGGACCCAGCCCUUGAUCAAUGUCAAGCAGGCGAGCUCUGGCAUUGA